CUGGGCCGGAGGGGCGGGGCUGCCGCCGCCGGGCUCGGGGCACGGCCGCCCGCCGCCGCGGAGCUGGAGAUGGAUUGGCGGGCGUGGAGAGCUUGUGGAAGGGCCGUGUUCAUGUUGGCAGAGAAGGUUGGCUGCUGAGCCAGGGUGUGUCUCCAGGAGGCCUGCCAGGCUGCCCGCAUCCCCCCUCGCCACCAUGGGCCGUCCAGGCUGACCAGCUGGUUCCUGCUGGAGGCACCUGGUGUCAUCUGAGGAGACCAUGUCCAGGCCCCCCGACUGGCUGCUGCGGCUGCUCUGGGGCACCCCAAGGCAGCGGGUCUGCACCCUGUUCAUCAUCAGCUUCAAGUUCACAUUUUUUGUCUCUGUCAUGAUCUAUUGGCACAUUGUGGGGGAGCCCAGAGGCCAAGGACAAUUCUCCAACCUGCCUGUUGACGUCUCCUGCCCCCACUUGGUGCCCCCCACACCUCCCUCCACCCCUCUUCCAGGCAACAUCUUCUUCCUGGAGACUUCAGACCGGACCAACCCCAACUUCCUGUUCAUGUGCUCGGUGGAGUCGGCAGCCAGGGCCCACCCUGAGUCCCAGGUGGUGGUCCUGAUGAAGGGGCUGCACGGUGGCAGCCCCUCCCUGCCCCGGCACCUGGGCCUCUCGCUUCUGGGCUGCUUCCCCAAUGUGCAGAUCCUCCCCCUGGACCUGGAGGGACUGUUCCGGGACACGCCCCUGGCAGCCUGGUACGCGGCCCUGCAGCGGCGGUGGGAGCCCUACCUGCUGCCCGUGCUCUCCGACGCCUCCAGGAUCGCGCUCAUGUGGAAGUUCGGUGGCAUCUACCUGGACACAGACUUCAUCGUCCUCAAGAACCUGAGGAACCUCACCAAUGUGCUGGGCACCCAGUCCCGCUACGUCCUCAAUGGUGCCUUCCUGGCCUUCGAGCGCCACCACGAGUUCAUGGCGCUGUGCAUGCGUGACUUCGUGGCGCACUACAACGGCUGGAUCUGGGGCCACCAGGGCCCGCAGCUGCUCACGCGGGUCUUCAAGAAGUGGUGCUCUAUCCGCAGCCUGGAUGAGAGCCACUCCUGCCGCGGCGUCACCACCCUGCCCUGUGAGGCCUUCUACCCCAUCCCCUGGCAGAACUGGAAGAGGUACUUUGAGGACGUCAGCCCCGAGGAGCUGCCCCGGCUGCUCAACGCUACCUACGCCGUCCACGUGUGGAACAAGAAGAGCCAGGGCACACACUUCGAGGCCACGUCCAGGGUGCUGCUGGCCCAGCUCCAUGCCCGCUACUGCCCCACGACGCACGAGGCCAUGAAAAUGUACUUGUGAGGGGCCUGCUGGGGUGCCUCCACCUACCCGGCACCCUGACUGGAGAAGGGCUCUUGGCCACCCUUGCCGGGGAGGCAGGCUGCGAGGCCUGAGUUGCCGCAGCUGGGGAUUUGGGGCAGGAUGGAGGGACCGUUGGCCACAGAGGUGUUUUUGGAGGAUGCGCUGUAGGCCCUGAGAUCUGCUCCCUUUGAGGGCCAGAGGCGGGUCUGCGCUCUGCAGGGUGAGACCCCAGCCGGGUGGGAGGCCGGUAGCUCUCGCCCUGGGCCAGCGCGCCGUCUAGGACAGAGGUGACAAGUGCGGGGGAAGGGCCGCCAGCAAGAAUCAGCGGGAGUGAGCUGGGUGGGCACGCUGGGUCUCCUGGACACACGCCAGAGCAGGGAACAUCAAGGCAUCUCCCAGGGCAUCUCGGGGAAGCCAGGCUGGUCGGGGCCAAGGUGCACCCGAGGGGAACGUGCAGAAGCUUGAGGGCAGGAGAGGAAGGAGGGAGGAGCUGGGCCAGGGGGGGGAGCCCAGGGAGGGGCGCGUGGCUCCUUUCUGGCUUGGGGUUCUUUUUCAGAGGGCUUGAGGCCUGCAGGGCUGCCCUGGGAUCUCUCUGGGAGAGGCCCAGCCUGCCCACCCACCCCUUCUUUCCAGAGACGUUGCCCACUCCGUGGACAUGGGGGCAUGGUGGUUUUUUGGUUCAGGCAAAGCACUUGAAAGAAAACACCCUGCCCCUGAUAAACACAGGAGAAUAAAUGCAGUCAAAGUGCCUCCCUGACACUUAGUGCUUGAUGGUUGAUGAAACUCAUCACUUGCACAGCCCUAAAUAGCCCCUUUCUGCAGCCGGAGCAGCACAGGCAGGGGGCGGUGGCCACUUGCCCGGGGCCUCCCAACCUGCCUAGAUCCCAAGCGCCCAGGGACCUGGCAGGCAGCUCACUGAGCUGGGGGCCACAUCCCACCCAUAAUGAGCCCGAAUCUGUUUUAACGGGGCCAAAUGAGACCCCCAAGGAGCUCCUCAGCAGAGCAGAGGCACCCUGCCAGCCGACCUCUCCUGCCCCACCCUGCAUGCCUGGCCAGCAUCCGGGGAGAGGCCCCGGCUACCCAGCUGGUGGCCCCAGGGCUAGGCCAGAGGCAGGUCUGCGCUUUGCAGGGUGAGACCCCAGCCAGGUGUGCUGAGAAAGUCCCCCCGGGAAGCUCUGGCCGGGCUGGAGAAGCCCUCCCCCUAGAGUGGGGGUUCCGCCAGGCUGCUCUUUGGCAGAUGAGGGGAGAGGUGUUUAGAGACCUGUGAUUCUGCCUGCGGAUGGUGCUGGGAAGCCCAGUGAGGGGUGAGCUCCCUGGCUCUAGGGGCAUUCAAAAGCAGGUGAUGUGUUUGAUGAGAACAACGGGUCAUUGUCAAUUAUGUCAGUUGUUUCUCCAAUAACAGCAUCAUUUCACCUAUCUUAAAAUUUGUUUAGAAUGAGCAGGUUUUAUCUUAAUAAUACAAAUAAUAUAUAUAACUCUAUAUACUAAAGUAAGUGAGAUGACCUCCUGUGGUCAUUGUUUCAUUAGUCAUUUGGCCAGCAUGUAGUGAGUGCCUACUGUGUGCCAGCACACAGGUGAGACACGUGACCCUCCCUCACCCUAAGUUCUUCUAUGGCUCCCUGUUGCCUAUGGAACAAAGCCUUACUCCCAGGCCCAGCAUUCAAGGCCCUCCUCGGUCAAGCACCACUGCCCUCUCAGCCAUGAGCACCGCCCUCAGCCACACUAACCUGCAUGUUGUUCUUGACCCCCUUCCCCACUAAUGGCCACAUGUUGAUACUCAUGCCUUUGCUGUUGCUGGCAAUCCCCUUCCCAGUCAACAGACUCUGUUCCUUCCCUAAGGCUGAUGUCCCCUCCAGGAAGCCUUCCCUGACUGCCCCCUCCUCCGGUCACGCAGCUCCCAGGCAUCCGCUGUGACUGUUGGAUUCUUGGCCUGUCCCCUCGAAGACCUUGAAGGGCAGAGCCGUGUCAAAUCCCUCUCAGGAUCAUUCCUAGGUUUGGGCUCGGGCUCCUGGAAGGGGACAUCCCUGUGACUUUGCAAGGAGUUCCCGUCAGUCCAUGCAGAGCUGAGGGCCCAGAGGGACCACCUCCAGACCCCUCUUCCCAGGGAGCAUCAGUAAGAGGUUCAGGCCGGGCCAGAGCAGCUGCAGCCAGCCUGGUCUUGUGUUUACAGUUCUCCUCAGAGGCCCCCAUUCUGGAAAUACGGAAAGAUAGCAGCCUCGGCCCCAGACUCCUCACAUGAGGCCAGGCAGGACCCAGGACGGGCGGACUCUCAGAUGCGCCUGGCAUCCCUUCUCUGAGAAGGUGGGCAGGGGAAGGCAGGGGGAUCAGGAGUUUGGGGUUGAAUUCUCCCUCUCCCUCAUUGGCCCUCCGGAGGAUCGGUGUGCUGGAUGCCGCUGAGCCAGCCCCAUACCCAGCCUCUUAAUGCAACAGCUGUAAACCAGUCAAGGUCCAGCCGGCCCUGGAGAAAAGAGGGGUUGGGGACAGGUGGGCCGAGGUGGGGGAGACAGGCUGAUUCAUCUCCAGGGGGUGAGACCAGAAGGUGCCUGAGGUCUGAGCUCAGGACAAGGAGGCUGGCAGGGGGAGCCGGAGAGGCUUGUCCUCACCUCCCAGUGCAACACCCAGCGGCCGGAGCCCAGACCCCGCCCCCACCUUCCGCCUGAACCGGACUCCGGAGAGUUUCUGUCCCGCCCCGCCCCGCGCUCACAAUCGCCUAGUGCCCGGCAGCUUCAGGCCGGCCCCCCUUCAUUGCUGGGGCCAGAACAAUUGCUGGGCAACUUCAUUCUUCAGUUCUCGGAAAGGAGCAGGGAGGGCCGAGCUGGGGUGGAGGUCUGCCCUGGGGACGGUGGUAAUCAGAUCCCAGGAAGCCUGCAGUUCGUUCUGGUGGGCGUGUUGCAGUUGUUUUUGUCUGAGGAUUGGGGAAGCUGAGGACACACCCCUUUCGUAGGGGUCACGGAGUGGCUCAGCAGGGGCCGCAGGCAGGCAUGCUGUCAAUUAUUUAAUGAACGCUCCUGGCUGGCCCGUCAGCGGGGAGAAUAGCUAUCUGGGCUAGAGGAAUAACUCCCCCUUGUUACUGUAUCAAUAUUCAACUUCUUGUUUAAAUAUUAAAUCGGAAUGUCCUCCGUCCGAGUGCCUAACAGAGACGGAAGAUGGGUGAGUAACUUAGGACUGCGUUCCCGUAAGUCUGGUUUCACGGUUCACUUGUUCCCCCAUCUCUGUCCUCAUGUGGGCCAGCCCCGUGCGAGGCAUGCUGGGAAUUCCUCUGUGAGGCUGGGGGUCUGGCGUGGACACGCUUCAGGACCUGACAAUGGCUGUGGACUUUGGCAGCAGCAGGUGGGAACCAAGGUGGUGUGUUAACAUUGAACUCAGAGGGGGGGAUCCCCAAACAGGAAGACAUUCCUCACAGCCAUAGCCUGACAACAACAGAAGUCAGAACCCAGCCCCAGUCCCCACCAACCUGCAAGGAAAGAAACAAGUUCAGAGGAGAGACCUCUUGGCUGCUAGAAACAAGAGCACCUGAAAUCAGGAGGGCGCUGAUUCUCCAUGUGAUGUAUCGGCUGACGUACUCGGGAAACUGCUGUAACGAAAAGACUCCAUGUCGCUUAAAUAAGGAAGACUGUUCCUCUCAUGUCAGCCCCAAGGUGGUCGCUCCAAGGCCAGGGGGCUCCUCUGCCAUCCCUAAGGUGGGGCAUCCAAAGGGGUCCAGUGGUGCUUUUUUCCAACUAGUGGGAAGGGGGCCGCACAGAUCUUUAAGGAUGUAAUCCGGAAGUUGCACGCCUCACUUCUGUUUAUGUCCCAUUGGCCUGGACUCAGGCGUGUGGCCACACCCAGCCACCAAGGAUGUUGGGGAGUGUUGUCUGCAGCUGGAGGGGCCAAAUGUCCAGCUAAAACUCAGUAUGUCCUGUUACUAAAUUCAUGACAGGAAGAAUGGACACUAGAGGACAGUUAAUAGUGUCUGUCCAUGUAACAAGGAGUCUGGUGUGGGGUGUCUCCAGAACUGGUUCAUUCAGCAGUUCACCAACAACUUCUUCAUAUCCUCAAGGAUCCAAUGUGUUGACAUUUGGGCUCAGGCCUGUCCCCUCAUGGCCUCAAGAUGGUUGCCUCUGCUCCGAACAUCACACCCUUAUGCACUAAUGCAAAACAGGCAGAAAAGAGAACGUUCCUCCCUCAUGUCCAUGCAAACUCUCAGCAGACCCCUUCUCCGGCUGACCUCCCCUCGCUCCAUUAGCCAGAGUCACAUCGCAUGCCUGUUCCUACUCCAGUUACUAGCAAAGGAACUGGAAUGAUCAGGACUGGCUUAGACCAACUGAGAUUUGCCCCCAGGAGCUGGGAAAGGCCCUGCUUCAUUAUAACACAAGGCUACCUGAGGGCUGAACAAAAUCUGCUUUCCUUUAGCAAGAAAGAAGGGCGAUAUGGAUGGCUGUGCGUAAGGAGCCUCCAUGGGAACUGGCACCUCCUGCCACCCGCUCUGCCCCAAGCCCAGCAGUAUACCCUGUCCUGCACGUGAUUUCACUCACCCCACCCCCAUGAGGAGGACACCAUCUUCACUUUGCAUAUGAGGACACUGAGGCUCAGGGACGUUAGGGGACUUGCCUAAGGCCCCACAGCCAGAGGCUAGCAGAGCUGCGGUUUCAGCGCAGAUGUGUCCUACUUGAAAGCCAGGCCCCCUGCGGGCUGCCGCGGCAGGAGUCCUACCACAGGCCCUUCUGAGCUCCAAGACCAGCAACAUUAGACCAAAUAUUUCAUGGUGGUGUAAAUGGUGGAGUAUUUAUGGAGGCACACAAGUUUUAUUCUACAUUGAAACUAACCGUUUUACAGUACCCGAAGGCUCUUUGCAAAACCAUCCUUUUAUCUCUGUUUUUAGAUGCAGUGCACACGGUUGUACUGUUUUGGCCUCUUGGUCAUCCCGUGACUGGUUGGUGUUGAGACCCUUUGAGGGUUCAUUAAUCAUGAGUGAAAUGAAUUUGUUCAGAUUUAUUUCGGUUAUAAACAGUGACAACAAAAUAAGAAUAGCUUAAACAAAGCAAAAGCUACUUUCUCGCUUGAGAAGGAGCCUAGGGCGGGCGUUCAUUUGUGGCUCCACUGCCUGAGCACAUGGCUUCCGCCUUCUGGCCCAGUAUUGCUGCUCCAGCACCAACAUGUGUGCACGCCAGCCAGAAGGAAGCAGAAGGACCGAAGAGGGGCCUUCUGCCUGUUGGAGAAGUUCCCAAAGGCGAUGUGUGAUGUUUAUGCUUUCUAUUAUUUGCAAGAACUUAGUCACAGGACAACUGAGCAGCAGAAGAGGAGCCAGAGUGUGGCGCAGCCCCUUGACAGAGCCCAGGCAGCCCCCAGGCACUGGGGGGGCCCUGCGGAGUUGUCCUGAGUUGGGGCAACGGACCAGGCCUUUAUAGCCCACAUCGGUCCAUCACCGCAUGCCAGGCUGCCCCUGGAAGAAGACAUGACCAGGUAAGGCAGUGUCUUCAGCCCAGGAAAACCUCAAAGGGGGCUGAGAACCAAGGGCCAUGUUCCAGCAGCUCCCCCAGCAGGUGGGGGUUAAGUCUUCAUUCCAGGGGGGAGUCUGGGUGGCUUACCACUGGCCACCCCAAUAGCGUGAGAUUCCAUUUAUAUGAGGUACCAAGACAGACACGGUAAGCCACAUUGAAGUCAGGAUGGUGGGCACUCUCAGAAGGGGCUUCCAGGCUCUGCUUGUUGUUGACAUGGUGCUGGCUGCCCAGGACUGUCGCUUUGCAAAACAUUCACUCAUCUUACAAGUAUGGUUUGUGUGCUUCCGUCACAUUUCUGUGAGACAGCAAGACAGAGACCGUGGAGCAGGGGUGGGGUGAGAGAGGCCGUCAGGCUGCGGUGCAGGACUGGCUGCAGGGAGCGGGGGCAGCCUGGCUUCGGGCCUCUGACGGAGGUGAGUAGACAGGCAGUUCAGCUGAGCCUUGAAUGGGAGGGGUCUGGAGGGGCCUGGGCCCCACGACGGCCCGGACUGCAGCUGACCAAGGCCGGGGCCAGCGAUGCCGCAGAAAGAAUGGAUGGGCGCCGGGCGAGGGUGCCGAAUAGGAAGACUGGAGGCCAAAGACCCAUUUUAGGGCAGUGCUCGCCGCACAGAGUCGGUCCUGGAGAAGCAGCGGGAGGGGCUGGGGAGAGGACCCGAAGCCAGCAGUGCCUGGGAAUUGAGCCCGUGUGGGCAUGGGGGUUACCGCGGCUAAGCUCAUGCCACAUGCCACACAACAGGCCAGGAAGUGGGGAGACGAGAUGCAGGGGCAAGGAAAGCGACUUCGUUCGGCAAGCCAGGAGACCAAGAAGAUGGUGACUAAUGUCCUAAGAACUAUCUUAACUUUGGGUUGAUUUCAAGUGUCUUUCAUAUUAGGGAAGUAGGGAGCCGGAGGAGUUGAGGUCAGGAGGUGACCUCAGACCAGGGUCAGCAGGGGCCUGAGGGGGGUGGCGACACUCCUUGUCUGUGCUCAGCUGACUCCAGCCCUUGUGUUGACAUGGGUCUGGCCACGAUGUCCCUGUAAGUCCUUGACAAUCCUGUCACCAUUCCUGUGCAUACUUCUUUAUCUCCUCGGGGGAGGCGAGGGUCGGGUAUGGGGCUGGUUGUAUCAAUCUUGAGCAUUGAGGAAAAUUCCCUUCUGAUGAUUAUUAACAAGCCUACGUGCAGGGCUGCAGGGCUGAGCGGAAGAUUAAGGCAGUAAAGGAGUCAGAUACAGUGCGAAGGCAGAGAUGCCACACGGGGGAUCCAGGAGCUCCCAGAGGCCGCAGGGCUGAUGGCGGGCCUCGGCAGGAGAAGCAGGAGCUGGGGCCCUCGGGGCCCCCAGUCAGCAGUGCCACGCACUAUCCCUUUGGGCACAGGCAGCGAGCAGGCCACACGUUAGGAAGGGGGUUGACGGCAACAGGCCAGGUAGACGAGGCGCCGCAGGUCUGGCGGCCUGUAGCCUCAGCAGAGGACAGGCAGCUGGCCAAGGCCGUCUGGGCCACUGCAGCUUGGGCUGCAGGGUGUGGACAAAGCCGGGCCCACGAGUGUGGUAGGUAGGCCUCCAGACCAGCCUGAAGGGGAGGACGAGGCUGGCCACAGGACUUGGAGCCUUUGGAACACUCACUCCAAAUAUCACCUGAGGAGCUCAAAAGACCUUCUCAGGGGUGUGCAAGUCACGCUCGGUAGGGACCCUAGGAAGGCUGCCUCACGUGUAGGGAAAGAACUGUGUUCCACGGGCCAACAGACCUCAUCUGAGACUUCAGCAAGUCACAUCCCCUCUGAGCCUGAGUUUCUUCAACUACAAAGUAGGGGCAAGGGAGCCUCUAGCAGUUUCUGGCCCUAAAAUCCCCAAACAGAUGAGGAUCUUCAGGGACCCUGGGGGCUAAAGCCAGGAUGUGGCCACAGGCCCUUCAUGAGACCUGCCUGGUAGUGGGGGCUCUGACCCAGGGGCCUGGAGGUUGGGGUGCCUGUAUCAGUCCCUGGGAGGAAGUUUCUGGAUGCAGCCUGCAGAGCCAUUAUAGGGCUUCCACGUCGGGAGGCCACCUGCCUCAGAAUCUGGGGGCACUGGACGCCUGAGUGAAUCUCCAGGUGGCAGGCACGAUCCAGAGAAGUGUCCACUGUGCCACCUCGCUCCACUGUGGGGUGGGUAUCAUGAUUAUCUAAUAGCAGAGAUGCUAUUAGCAGAGAUGCUAAGAACAAAUGGGAAAAGUGGGAAUUACGAGAACCUAGAGGCUUGGAGGAGGAGUCUCAGCACUGAAGCUCACCCGUGAGGAGAUGCAGCUUACCUGGAGGUGCCGCCCAGGGGCUUGGAGGAUGAUGGUCCCACCGAGCCAGCCCCAGGCCCCUGAGGAGGGUGCCAGUCAGCGGGUGCCAGAGUCUCUGAGGAGGUGCAAUGCAGCUGGUUCUCAGUAUGGAGAAAAGUUUGCAACUGAAACCAAGUGCCACUUCCUGAAGAGCCCAGAGAUAAACACUUACAACUUUUGGUCAAUUGAUUGUUUCUACAAGGGUGCCAAGACGGGACAAUGGGGGAAAAAAAUAUGGUGCCAGAAAACUGGACAGCCACCUGCAAAAGAAUGAAGCUGGACCUCCUCCUCACACCCUGCACAAAAAACACGGCAGAGUGGAUCAGAGAUCUUCAUGUAAGACCUAACACCACAAAACUCUUCAAAGAAGACAUAUGAAUUCAUCUCUAUGAUUUGGGACUCGGCAGUGGUUUCCUAAAUAUGACACAAUGACGUAUGCACAAAUGACAAAGGAAAAAUAGCCAAACUGCACUUCAUCAAAAUUAAAAAAUAUUAUGUGUCAAAGGACACCAUCAAGAAAGUGAAGAGAACCCACAGAAUGGGAGAAGAAAAUCACAAAUCAUGUAUCUGAUAAGGAACUUAUAUCUGGGAUGUACAAAGAAUUCUUACAAGUCAAAAAUAAAAAGCCAACCUAAUUUAAAAAUGGGCAAUGGAUUUGAAAGGCAUUUCUGCAAAGUAGAUAUACAAAUGGCCAAUAAGCACAUAAAAAAAGGCUCAACACCAUCAAUCAUUAGGGAAAUGUGCAUCAAAGCCACAAUGUGAUACCACUUCACACCCACUAGGACGGCUAUCAUCAAAAACACAAUGCCAAGUGUGGGCAAAGUUGUCAGAAAUGGUAAACCUCACACUCUGCUGGGAGAAUGUAAAAUGGUGCGAAUACUUUGGAAAACAGAAAGUUCCUCUGAAAGUUAAACGUAGAAUUUACCACAUGACCUUGAAGGUCCCUUCCUAGAUAUAUACCUAAAAGAAUUUAAAACAUAUGUUCACCCAAAAACAUGUACGUGAAUAUUCACAGCAGUACUCUUCCUAAUAGCCAAAAGGUGGAAACGGGCCCAACAGCCAUCAGCUGGUGAAUGGACAUGUCUGUACAGUGGCAUGUUUUUCAGGAAUAAAAAGGAACAAAGUACUGAUACAUACAAUAACAUGGAUGAACCCUGAAAACAUGCUAAGUGAAAGAUGCCAGACAGAAAAGGCCACAGCACAUUCUAUAUCAUUCCAUUUAUGUGACAUGUUCAGAAUAGGCAAGUCCGUAGACAGAAAGUAGAUCAGUGGUUGCCAGGGGCCAGGGGAAGGGGAGUGGAGUGACUGCCAAUCCGGGCAGGGUUCUUUUUGAUGUCAAUGGAAAUGCUCUAAAAUUAGAGGUGAUGGUUACACAACUCUGUGAAUAUACUAAAAAACUACUGAGCAAAUGUUA